AUGGCUCCGAUGCGUUCGCUUUACCUCCCGCGGCACUCAGUCCCGCUAUCGAUCCGGCCAGUCGUCGAUCUUCUCGGUCGGAUCCUUCCUAUGUGCCAGCAUCCCCGACGUCUCCCGAACUGGCUGCUCAAGGCCGGGGGGGCUCCUUCAUCUCGAUCUGCUGGUACCAAGCGUUCUCUCGAUGAGUUCGAACUGCCACCACCCCCGACACGGACACGCAAGAUUAUUCAGAUGAAACCGAAGGCUCCGGCCGUGUCCAAAUCACCCGCCAAGCCCAAGGAGAAUGGAAAGGCAGCGGCUCAAACGUCUGCAGAGAAUACAAAUGCGUCGAGUACAAAGAAGAAGCCCAGUGCGACGAGUGCGGCGGGGCGCAAGAUCGCUCGCAAGACCGCCCACAGUUUGAUCGAGAGGCGGCGACGUUCCAAAAUGAAUGAGGAAUUCGGCACCUUGAAGGAUAUGAUCCCCGCCUGUCAGGGCCAGGACAUGCACAAACUCGCUAUUCUCCAGGUACUUUAUACUUUGCACCACCCACACCCGUACAUACAAUAUAAAAGAAACCAAACUAAUCUUUUCACUCUAACAGGCUAG